GAAGGACUUAGGAGAACAUAUAUACCUCCAAUUUUGAGGCUAGCUGCAACGCUGGAGAUAUUAGCAGGUGGCGGUUACCAGUGGCAAACUGGCGGCGCACACACACCAGCAAUGGGGCAUAGUACUCUGUCGAAGAUAUUUCGCAGCACAUUAUCGUCGAUGGAAGAAACUCUAUGCAACCAAUGGAUAUCUUUCGAAAAAAACUUCCAGCCGUGCAAAGAGUGGUUCCAUGAAAAAUAUAACUUUCCGGGAAUUGUUGGUGCCGUAGAUGGUACUCAUUUAAUGCUGUUGAGGCCUAUUGAGAACGAACAUAUAUACUUCAACAGGAAAGGAAAGCAUAGUAUAAACGCGAUGAUUGUAAAUAUAUACUUACACUAGCACUUAAUC